CAAGAAAAAAACCUAACAUAUUAUUUACAGCAUUAUUUUAUUCACGUGUUCUUCUUGUAUAUUUUAUUCUUAUUAUUUUUUGGCACCGCCACACACGAACAAUUACCAUAUAUGUUGUGUAUUUAUUUAUAAACCAAUUAACAUGCAUGUGUUUCAGAUCCAUGGUCUAUUUACAUAACCCUAUUAUGUAAAAUUAUAUAUAAUCCCUUCAUCAAGUCUUCGUUAGCCUCAAAUAUCAUAUCACCUUGUUGCUUUCUCAAAAAUAUUAAAAAUGGAUCAUCUGAUCUCUCCUCUUUCUCCAACAAAUAAGUGGUGGGCGGAAGGAACAACAGCUGUCGUGACCGGAGCAAACAAAGGUAUAGGUUUUGCGGUGGUGAAGAGGUUACUCCAGCUUGGUCUAACCGUCGUUUUAACCGCCCGAAACACCGUAAACGGAAGCCAAGCCACCGAUUCCCUCCGUCGCAUUGGCUUUCAAAACGUUCAUUUUUGCUCCCUCGACAUCUCCGAUCCUUCUUCCAUCGCCGCCUUCGUCUCCUGGUUCCAUCGCAACUUGGGAGUACUCGACAUUCUGGUGAACAAUGCGGGGGUUUCAUUUAACGCGGUCGGAGAGAAUUCAAUCAAACAGCCAGAGACCAUUAUCAAGACCAAUUUCUACGGUGCCAAGCUUUUAUCGGAGGCUCUUUUGCCCUUAUUCCGCCGUUCGGAAUCCGUUAGCCGCAUCCUUAACAUCAGUUCAAGGCUUGGCACAUUAAACAAACUGAGAAGCCCUAUUAUAAGACGAACACUAGAAAGUGAAGAUCUUACCGACGAACAAAUCGAUGCUACUGUGACCCAAUUUCUAGAGGAUGUGAUGAGCGGGACGUGGGAAAAGCAAGGAUGGCCGGAGAAAUGGCCGGGUUACGCCAUAUCAAAGAUGGCCUUAAACGCUUACUCUAGGGUUUUGGCUCGACGUUACGACGGCAAAAGACUAAGUGUGAAUUGUUUUUGCCCUGGUUUCACUCGUACGUCUAUGACCGGUGGUCAGGGGACUCACACGGCAGAUGAGGCUGCUGCUAUUGUCGCCAAGUUGGUGUUGCUUACUCCUGAGAAGCUGUCUUCCGGCAAGUUCUAUAUUUGCUUAGAGGAGCCUAAGAAAAUUAUUUCCAAGCUGUAACUCUCUUCUAUUAUAGCUUUCUUCACCUGCACGCUCGUAAUUAUUAGAUUACCAUUGGUUAAUGUCAAUUGCGAUAUAUGCAUAAUUAUAGCAAUAAGUAAAUUAAUGUUAAGAGACUA